AUGACAAACAGCAGCCAGAGCGAGCAGCCGGAGCAAGUGGCGAGCGUCUGGAGGAAACAGCAAGGUGAGCACGACAGUAGCAGCAGCAGCAGCCUCCUGGUGGUCAGGAUCCUGGCGCCCAGCCCCUCCCGGGGCCCCUGUCUCCUGGACAGCGGCAGCAGCAUGAACGGCAGCGUGGCGCCACCGGGGGUGGUGGAGGCGGCGGUGGCACCGCUGCCCUCGCCCGGCUGGCGGGAUUUCUGCGAGGCCCAUGCCCGGGCAGCCGCCCUGGACUUCGCACGGCGUUUCCGCGCCUUCCUGAGCGAGAACCCCCAGUUUGCAGCAUCAGGGGCCGAGGCUGCCUUCUCCCGCCGCUUCGCGGAGCACUUCGUGGAGCACUUCGAGGCCGAGGUGAGCCGGGCCUGUGCCGGCGACUCACCCCCCCGCUGCGACAUCGCUCCCUUCACUGGUGCCCACCAUUGUCCUGGGGGCGCCUCCUCCUCCUCCACCCGCGACCUCUCCGAGACCUGCAGCGACUCCUCGGUGGCCUCUCCGGUGGAGCCGCAGCCCGGCCUGGCCUCGGGGUUGUCCAGCAGCCAGUCUCGUAGCUCUGAGGACGUCUCAGCCUCUGCCGCGACUGCCAGCACGAAGCCUAAGCUCAAGAAGCGCUUCUCCCUGCGCAACGUCAGCCGCAGUGUGCGGGGCAGCAUGCGAGGCAUCCUGCAGUGGAAGAGCUCAGCCGAGUCCCCCACCGAGGAGGAGGCUGGCGGGGCCAACACCAAUUCCAACUCCUCGGGGGGCGGGGCCGCGGACUCCUUGCCCACCGAGCGCUGGACACACAAGUUUGAGAGGCUGCGGCUCAGCAAGGCGCCUGCCCCCAAAGUGGAACUGUCCAGUGUGCGCCGGGAGGGGCUGCUCAAUUAUAUCGUGGCCGAUGACAGCGGAGGGGGGGGUGGCAGCCGGGCCCGAUGGCAGAAAUGCCGGCUGCUGCUGCGGAAGGCAGGCAAGGGAGAGGGCGAGGGCUACCUGCUGGAGUUCUACAUCCCCCCCAAGUCCACCAAGGCCCGGGUCAGCAUCCUCUGCUCGGCGGUGACAGAUGUGCGCACCACCACGCCGCUGGAGAUGCCUGACAAGGAAAACACCUUUGUCUUAAAGAUGGAGAACUCUCUCGAGUACAUCCUGGAGACGGUCGAUUCGCUGCAGAUGAGGUCGUGGCUGGCCGACAUCCAGGACUGCAUGAGCCCGGGGGAGAACACGGACAGCACAGACCUGACCUGCCUCAACCACUCGGAGAGCAUGCCAAGCCGGGAGCUGCCCCUGCUGCCCAGCGAGAGCAACGAGCAGCUCUCCCAGGGUGCGUAUGGGGGUCUGUCCGAGCGCCCCUCGGCUUCCAUCUCCCCCAGCUCCAUCUCCAUUGCUGCUUCCCACUUCAACUCCAUGGAGCUGCUGCCUCCUGAGCUGCCCCCCCGGGUACCCAUCGAUGAGGCAGCUGAGCGGCUGCAGGGUCCCUACCCCCCUGGCCUGCUACACACGCCCUUCCCCGACACUCCUGACGCCACAGGCUCGUUCCUGUUCCAGGGGGAGCCGGACCCCGGGGGGGGGGACCCAGAGCACCCCCUCUCCGAGUACCCCUGGUUCCACGGCACCUUGUCCCGGCUGAAGGCCGCCCAGCUGGUCCUGGCUGGCGGCCCCAGCAGCCAUGGUGUCUUCCUGGUGCGACAGAGCGAGACCCGGCGUGGGGAGUACGUGCUGACCUUCAAUUUCCAGGGCAAGGCCAAGCACCUGCGCCUGUCGCUGAACGAGGAUGGGCAGUGCCGCGUGCAGCACCUCUGGUUCCAGACCAUCUUCGACAUGCUGGAGCACUUCCGAGUGCACCCCAUCCCGCUGGAGUCGGGCGGCUCCAGCGACGUCACCCUGGUUAGCUAUGUGGUGGCCUCGCAGCGGCUGCAUGGCAGGGACAGGGCGGGCAGCCGAGCCGCCGCCUGUGAGCCGACCCAGCGCAGCCCUGACUCGCCCGGCCUCGUCUCCAUCGGCGCGAAUGACUGUUUAGCCGAUCACCUCCCAUAG